AUGCGCGAUGCAAAGCCAGCGCUGACUCUUACACUGGCCGAUAUUAGCUCUGGACAAGUGGACACAAGUCUUGUGGAGCGAUCCAGGAGUCUCGGAAGUCUCGUUCCGACGCGACAAAGUCGACGCAGAAGCAGUUUGUCGAUGGGACCGGGGAAGUCUAAAUCUCGUCGCGAGAGUCAAGGCGGCUUUGAAAGCAAAAGUGAUUGCCUCCAGCUUCCUGAGACUACCGGUUUUGAUGCUGACAGCUCGGACGCAUUGGUGAACAACCUGAAAACGGAGUAUUUUGAGGUGAGUCACCAGCUAAGCACCAUGAGAGAGCAAGUGGCAGCGUUGCAGCAAGAACGUGAAGAAGCGGUGAAAAAGGAACAGGAAGUGGCAGCUCGUCAACUCGAAACAUUGCUACAGGAAACCCGAAAAGUGCAACGCGAGCGUGAUGACAUGGUAGCAGUCAACAAGCUCCUUCUAAGACACAAGCGGGCGUCAACGACCACGCAAGCCGAGCUGGACUCGGUGAAAACGGAGCAACGAAAACUGCAACGCCACCAAGAAGAACUAGAGCAAGCGUUGGCAGAUCUACAAGCGCAACUUGCAGAGCAAACGACUGUGUCUGAAGAAAGACGAGAGCAAGUGAAUCAGCUUCGUCAUGAAAAAGAAAUAUUAGCACUGCAGUGGCAGGAGUUGCAAGAGGAGCACCGAGACACUCAGAACCACGUGGACGAACUGCACGACCGCUUGGUAGACGCGCAGCGAGCUCAUCGUGCAGUUGAGGUUGUCCUUGCAGCGCUUCGGACUUCCCAUGCAGCAAAGACCCAGCAGGUGCGAGAGCUAAAAGCUGCGCUUGAGAAUGCCAACUCUCGCGCUGCAACGUCCCCAUCAGCAGUGGAAAGUCAUCCCCUCACUGCAGUUGCUCAACUAACUCAGCAGAAUUCAACAGUGUUCCCUCAAGCGGAUGUCAGUCAAAUAUUGGCAUCGUCUCGGUUGCUACAGGAACGAGUGAAGGAUACUAGCACCGACUUGAACUUCCACCGUGAUGAACUGCUGGUAGAAUUGUCGUGCCAUGACCAACAACUGCAGCAGUUGCAGGAACAGGUUCGUGCGUUGGAACUGGUAAACACUACGAGCAAACAGCUUCUAGCGUCGCUACACGAGGAACUUCGAGGAGCGCAGAGCCGUGAGCGUAGCAUGCGAGGUGAAUUUAGUGCCGAGCUCGAGGUGGCCCGCAAAAAAGUGGAACAGGAAGCACAGACUGCACUGAAGCGCCAGAUAAGCGACCUUGAGCAGCGCUGCGAGGACGAACGCACAGAGAAGAAUCGGCUUCAGAUGGCCGUUGACGAGCUGGAAAGCGCCAGUCGGAAGCGCGUUACAGCUCAAGCAAGAGAGCAGGAGUUCCUUGUGCACUUCAAGAAACAACUUGAGAACGGCAUUGUUGUCACCAAGUUCGGGUCGCGCGGUGUGCCCCACCAGCGAGUCGUUUAUGCUGAUGCUCAGUGCCAUUGGUUGUCCUGGCGCUCACCCGCGACGUCCACUACCCAGGGCUCGCUGGUGCAGCCAAAACCUGACUCCAAAGUUGACACUUGCGACCUGGUGGAGGUGUUACCAGGUGCUACAACUGAGAACUUUGCUCGUCAGCAACCUGACGCACCUGCUCGCUGCUUCUCGCUCGUGUUCGUGCACCCUUGCCGCACUCUGGAUUUGCAGGCAGACACCGCCGGGCAGUGCCAGCAGUAUCUUCGAGGCUUUCGUUUACUGCUAGCGGAGGCUACACUUAAGCGCCGCUAG